AUGGCUGAAGCCAUGAGGUCGGGUCGUGAGACCUGCGAAACCGUCUUAAAUUACCGUCGAGAUGGAUCGCCUUUCCUAAACCUAUGCAUGAUCGCGCCUUUGUACGACAACAUGGGCAAGCUUCGAUAUUUCAUCGGCUGCCAAAUCGACGUCACAAACCUAAUCGAGGGCGGCAGAAGUCUCGAGUCGUUUCAAAUGCUGCUCGACGAAGAUGUGGAGAACCGAAGGCAGGGCGGCAAUGCACCAAAGGGCUCUCACAAGGCACUAGGGGACAUGGGCGAGCUGCUCAGCACCGAGGAGAUGGAGGUCCUCAAGUUCAAGACGCGCAAUUCCGCCACGUCUGGCGCAAGCACGCCGGCACCCGCACCACAGGCUUCACUCAACUCAGCCACAGCCCGGAGAUACGUGGGCAUCGAGGACCCGCUGGCCAUCAACGUCUGGCCGCCUACCCAAUUCGGGCCUCAUGGAAGACUUCCGGGCGUUUAUCAGAACUUCAUGCUCGUCCGCCCCUGGCCCUCCCUCCGCAUCCUCUUCACCUCCGCCGCCCUGCGCAUCCCGGGCCUCGCGCAAUCCCGGCUCCUCGACCGCAUCGGCGGGCCCCACUCCGUACGCGAAGGCAUCGCCGCGGCCUUCGCCGAGGGCGCCCGCGUCACGGCCAAAGUCUACUGGCUGACGGGCAACGUCAACGGCGGCAACAACAGCAACCGCAGCAGCGCUCGGAUAUCCGGUCCCGCGCCGCAGCAAUUCCACGCGCGCAGCAACAGCAUCGAGGGCAAGCCGCGCUACAUCCACUGCACGCCGCUGCACGGCGCCGACGGCGCGCCGGGGGUGUGGAUGGUUGUGAUGGUUGAGAAGGAGGAUAUAACGGGGACGAUUAACAGCAACAACAAUGGUCAGAAUGGGCGCGCCAGGCGGUCCAGUUUUGGGAUUCUGAAUGGCACGUAUGCGCAGGAGAAGCUGUUCGAGCAGCAGCAGCAGGUGCAGCAGCAGUACCGGCUUCUGCGGCAAUCCGCCAGUGGCGGCGGCGGCGAAUGCAUAAUCGACGGGGGCGCGGGCGGGACGGGGUAUAGUAGCAGGCGGAGGACCCGCACGUCCAGCACCUUCUUCGAUGACGAUGAGCGCUCGAUUCCGGCGUCGAGUAGCGCGUAUGCUGAGUACCUCGCCAGCGGUGGGGGUGGGGGCGGUCUGCGGAGUGGCAGCGUGUCGAGGGGCCCGUCGCGGCCGCCGUCGAGGGCGGCGUCGAUGCCGGGGUGGGCGGCGAGUAGGCCGGAGCAGCCGACGAGGAAGAUGACGCCGAGGGAGGAGACGGCGCGGAUGGUGAGGUUGCCGAUGCAGACGGAGAGGUUGGGGGAGGUGGAUGAGUCGUGA